GCGUUGCCAUGGUAACUGACGCUGACAGAUGAGCGCUGCGUCCAGACGGGGGCGAUGCCCGCUUCAUUCAACAGAUCAGUGAAGUCCCAGAGCACUCAAACUGUACAGGAACACAGAUGUGAGGCGUUUGAAAGAGUGAAACUGUUGGUUUUAUCGCGUAUCUACGCUCCUCUUGUUCCUCUAUUACGGACAGAAAUAUGAAAACAUGGUAGCUAAAACGAGAAAACCAAAUGCCAAGGACCAGAGCAGCGAGAAGGACAGGAGUCAGUCCGUCUCAGGGAAAAGCAGGCGUGGGAAAGAUGGGAAAGGCUCGGCUUUCCAGAGUAAAAACGGACUUUUUGCUGGGUUCAUUAGAAACAAACUGGGUUUGAGCCCAUCUGCUUUUGCAAGAGGAAUAACAGUGCUGGUUCUCGCUCUUAUUGUGGGAUUUUUACACUGGUAUCAUCUCUCACAUCUGUUUGAAAAUGACAGACACUUUUCACACAUGUCGUCCUUGGAAAAGGAGAUGGCUUUUCGAACAGAGAUGGGACUGUAUUACUCAUAUUUCAAGACCAUCAUUGAGGCUCGUUCCUUCAUGGAUGGUGUUUACAUGAUCAUGAAUGACCGGCUCACUGAAUACCCUCUGGUGAUAAACACUCUAAAGAGGUUCAACUUGUACCCUGAGGUGGUCUUGGCCAGCUGGUACAGAGCAUUCACUAGCACAAUGGAUUUCUUUGGGUUCCCUACCAAGAUGUGUUGGACCAUCAACAGAGGGGAGGGUAUGGAUCCAGUGGAGAGUUGUGAAGGUCUGGGAGAUCCUGCAUACUUCUAUGUCACCUUUGUGUUCCUGUUAAAUGGGGCGAUGAUGAGUCUGUUCUUUAUUUAUGGAACAUAUCUAAGCGGCAGUCGACUGGGUGGCACCGUUACAGUUCUGUGUUUCUUCUUUAACCAUGGAGAGAGUACUCGGGUCAUGUGGACGCCACCUCUGAGAGAGAGCUUCUCCUACCCCUUCCUGGUUUUGCAGAUGCUUCUGCUCACAUACAUCCUCCGGACAAGAAACCCAAGCAAGCAUACCAUGAUGGCUCUGGGAAUCUCCAAUGUUUUCUUCAUGCUGCCGUGGCAGUUUGCUCAAUUUGUCUUACUUACCCAGGUUGCAUCCCUUUUUGCUUCAUAUAUCCUGGGAUAUCUGAGCCCAACAAAAAUGCAGUCUGUCUUAGUGACACAUAUGAUCUCCUUGGCCGUCUGUUUUCUUCUGAUGUUCGGGAACUCGAUGCUGCUGACGUCCUUCUACGCCUCUUCACUGGUUUCUAUCUGGGGGGUUAUUGCACUGAGGGACCGUUUGGUUGGUACGUUCAAACCUGGAAUCUUCACAUGGGUCAUGCAGUGUCUUGCAUGGGUGGUCUCCACUGUCAUUCUGAAGUUCAUGCUGUCUGUGAUCUUUGGGGCAUCAGAUGAUGCCCACAUCAGCAGUCUGAUCAAAUCCAAGUUCACAAGCUACAAAGACUUUGACACGAUGAUGUACACGUGUGCAGCUGAGUUUGACUUCAUUGAAGCAGAGACUCUCAUUCGGUACAUCAAAACCAUGCUGCUUCCAGUUAAUGUGCUGAUAGUGGGUUUUAUUGCUGGAAGGACCAUACAGGACGUUAUUAUGUUCCUCAGAAAUGAAAAGACAGAGAAGUCAGAGGGUGAUGAAACAGAGCAGACCCAAUUGUUGGCGAAAGGAGUGCUGGUAUACCACAGUCUGCAGCUAGUGGCGUUUGCAGUCCUGGCUGUGCUCAUCAUGAGACUGAAGCUCUUCCUUACUCCUCACAUGUGCAUCAUGUCCUGUUUAAUCUGCUCCAGACAGCUGUUUGGUUGGAUAGGAGAGAAGUUUAAACUCCAGAUGACAGUCAUAGGAAUAUUGUCCAUCAUGGCAGUCCAAGGAUUCGCCAACCUGCAGAGUCAAUGGGGCAUUAUAGGAGAAUUCAGUAACUUUCCUCAAGAAGAGCUCCUUGAGUGGAUCAAGGACAACACAAGCCCUAAUGCUGUAUUUGCUGGUGCUAUGCCCACCAUGGCAAGUGUGAAACUGUCCACAGGCAGAGCCAUAGUGAAUCACCCACACUAUGAAGACGCAGGAUUGAGAGAAAGAACAAAGAUGGUGUAUGCCAUGUACAGCCGAAAACCAGCUGAGGAAGUAAAGCGAAACUUAAUAAAGCUGCAGGUGGACUAUUUCAUCUUAGAGGACUCAUGGUGCACCAGACGCUCCAAGCCCGGCUGCAGCAUGCCUGAGAUCUGGGAUGUGGAGGACAGCCAAAAUGCAGGAAAAGUGCCACUUUGCACUCUCAUGUCGAGGGAUUCUCGUCCUCACUUCUCCACCAUCUUUCACAACAACAUUUACAAAGUCCUUCGAGUUCCUAAAACAGUGAGAGAUAUGAGAUAACAGCAGUUUUUCCUUCAGCGUCACUGUUUUCUGUCUUUGAUACAUGUGUAUAUACACAGCAAUGAUUAUUUUUGUAAAAGUCAGUUCUGUUUUUCUUGAGACCUGCUUCUGCCACUUUGGUGUCCGUUUUGUUUUGAUAAACUGUAUGAAAUGUUUAAACCGUGGAUCAUGUGAUUCACCAUAGAGAGUCAAGUAUUGAAUCAUCCCUUUUCCCUUUACCAUCUGCUCACAUGCUUGUUGAAAUGUAUUUAUUUUGUCUGAAUGACUGUGAUUUUUGCCAUCAAUGGUGCUGCUGUUUGCUGGUUGCGUAUGGUCCAGAAUAUUGUUUACCUAAAUCAUUUCAUUCUGUGCAUAAAAUAUUUUAUUUAAACUCUUAGGAUUUUCAACCUCUGAAGUUUCGUAAAACCCUUUUUGUGUAAAGUUUUAAAAUUUACAUUUGUUUUGGGCAGAUGCUCUUACCAAAGUGACCUAAAAGACAAUUAUAUAUAUAUAUAAUUAGUUUAAGGGAGGAUUAUAGUAGUUUACAGCAGGGGUGGAGAACGUCAGUCCUGGAGAGUUUUGCUUUAACCCUGAUCAAACACACCUGACCAAGUUAAUCAAGGUCUGAACGGUUACUAGAAAGCUACAGGCAGGUGAGUUUUUAUCAGGCUUGGAGCUGAAGGCUUGAACUCCGCAGGACUGGAGUUUGUCAUCCCUGGUCUAUAGUGUUAUAUAUAUUUUAUAAAGUCUACCAACUCAGUUUUAUUAGUCAUCUGCUUGUUCCUCUUUUUGUUACUUUUAGGUUUUGUGUGUGAAAAUCAUGGUCAGUGUUAUUUACUAGAGAAGCUAUCUUGUGAAAUACUAUUUUUAUCUUACGUUUUAAAAAAUGUUGUCAAGCUCAGCUGUAUUUUCAUUUGGAUUAUGUCAGUGUCACUUUCUCUACUGAGGUUUACCAGUGUUCAGAAGUCUGUGAGUGUUGUGCUCAUUUCCCAUCUGUCAGGGAAAUGCAAGUGUCAGGAAAUAGCAACAGUUUUUAUCCCAGUUGUCUUUCCUGAUAUCAUUGGAUAAUAAUAGUCCUUCAAAAUCAAGAUGAAGGACUGUAAUCACUGCCAUAGAGUUAUUAAAGGUAUAAAUUUGUAGCAUAAUUUCCGUUGUAAUUCAAGUGUCCUUUACAUUUCAUUUGACAUACUUGUGAACUGUUCAAGAACUCAUGUUCUCAUUUUUUUUUUAAUCUAAUGUAAGGUACUGAACCUUUUGUAUUUCCCUAAUUAAAUGUUUUAUUUUAAUCAUU